GUAGAAUUUAUUGAUCAAAUUUAAUACUUAAAUCAAUCAAUAAUUAAAUUUAUAAAUCAAUAACAUAUGUAAUUUAUUUCUUAAGAUGGACAAACUUUUAAAGUAUAUAUUUUUCAGAAUUAGAUUGGCGAAUAAGCAUUAAAACACUGUACCAAGGUCAAUAAUACGAAUUUAGAAGUGUUUAACUUAACUGGUAUCAAAAGUAGCAUCUUGAAGAAGGUCAUACAAUAUUGCUAGAUGCAUUAAAACGUUGCAUAUAUCCCUUAAAUAUCAAAACCUUUGAAAUCAAAAGCGAUGUAUUGAUAUUUUUAAACUUAGUUAUGACAUUGUGGAUUUUCAAGAUGCUGAAUUUAUUACAGAACUAGACUUAGAAGAAAUAUUUUAAAUUAUUCAAGCAGCAGAAGUUCUUGGCAUAAAUGCUUUAGUUGAUCUUUCCUGUGCAUUUGUUGCCUUAUAAAUCAGAGGUAAAGCAUCCUUAUUAGUAAUAGGAAAAAGUUAGGAAUAAGUUAAGUUGCUGUUCAAAUCUAAUAAAUCUAAAACGGAUGAAGAAGUUUAAAGACAAAGGGAUAUUGAUAGCUCUGCCAAAGGAGAACCAAAGCAAACCAAUUAUUGA